CGCUCCAGGAAGUCUCCCUGAAAGCACCAGAAACUCCAAGUCACUUUUUCCAGGUGAGCGCGGGUGAGGAGGCCCCGCGGCGCGCACUGGGCGGGUCGCAGCAGCUUUGGCCUCCGCGGAGGGGCAGGAAGGGUCUGCGGACCUGGUGGCCGCCGCCUUCAUGGCUUCACACCGGGGCCCCGGCAGUGACUGCUCCUCUGUCAUCGAUCACACCCAUGUGCCCGAGUUCGAGGUGGCCACCUGGAUCAAAAUCACCCUCAUCCUGGUGUACCUGGCCAUCUUCGUGGUGGGCAUUCUGGGGAAUAGCGUCACCAUCCGCGUCACCCAGGUGCUGCAGAAGAAAGGCUACCUGCAGAAGGAGGUGACGGACCACAUGGUGAGCCUGGCUUGCUCGGACAUCCUGGUCUUCCUCGUUGGCAUGCCCAUGGAGUUCUACAGCAUCAUCUGGAACCCCCUGACCACGCCCAGCUAUGCCCUGUCCUGUAAGAUCCACACUUUCCUCUUUGAGGCCUGCAGCUACGCCACCCUGCUGCACGUGCUGACGCUCAGCUUCGAGCGCUAUGUGGCCAUCUGCCACCCCUUCAGGUAUAAGGCCCUGUCGGGGCCCUGCCAGGUGAAGCUGCUGAUCGCCUUUGUCUGGGUCACCUCCACCCUGGUGGCGUUGCCCUUGCUUUUCGCCAUGGGAGUCGAGUACCCACUGGUGCACGUGCCCAACCACGCGGGUCUCUCCUGCAACCGCACCCGCACCCGGCACCACGAGCGCCCCGAGACCUCCAACAUGUCCAUCUGUACCAACCUCUCCAGCCGCUGGACUGUCUUCCAGUCCAGCAUCUUCAGCGCCUUCAUCAUCUACCUCUUGGUCCUGGUCUCCGUGGCCUUCAUGUGCUGGAACAUGAUGCAGGUGCUCAUGAGGAGCAACCAGGGCACGCUGGCCAGGAAGGGGCAGCCACAGCAGCUGAAGAAGUCAGAGAGCGAGGAGAGCAGGACCUCCAGGAGGCAGAUCAUUAUCUUCCUGAGGCUGAUCGUGGUGACCUUGGCCGUCUGCUGGCUGCCCAACCAGGUGCGGAGGAUCAUGGCAGCGGCGCAGCCCAAGCACGACUGGACGAGGCCCUACUUCCGCGCCUACAUGCUGCUGCUCCCCGUCUCCGACACCUUCUUCUACCUGAGCUCCGUCGUCAACCCGCUGCUGUACAACGUGUCCUCGCAGCAGUUCCGCACCGCGUUCGGCCAGGUGCUGCGCUGCCGCCUGGCGCUGCCGCCCGCCCGGCACCGCGGGCACCUGCGCGGCCCCGACCCCGCGCCCUCGGGGCGCCGCCCCCUCCUCGCCGCCGCGCCCCCGCCCGGUUCCCCUGCGGCGACCCCCCAGGUGCGCUUGGCUACUUUCCAGAGCGAGCCCGAGCCCAAGCCCCACAACGGGUUGCAGGAGCAAGAGGUGUGAAUG